UAUUUGUUAUUAAAAAUCUUAAAGUGUCCAGAUACGAGGAAUACUUGAAAUUAGCUGGGAAAUCAAAAGAGCUGCCUAACCUCGAUUAAGAUGUUUUAACCGAGUAGAAGGAAAAUGAACCGAGAACUCAAAAGUCUUUUGGUUUUGAUGAUUUGGAACAUCUUUACCGAUAUUUCAGUUUUAGCGACGGGAAAUCCAGUAAAUGGAAGCGCAGAUCAGUCUUCGCAAUACAACAACUGUUCAGCUGAUAAAGCCCUUGACGGCGUGAAGAUAUUCUCUAUUCCAGAUGAACAUUUACCAACAUGCACAUGCAGUGUUACAGGAGUAAAAAGUUUCCCUCGAUGGUGGGAAAUGGAUUUUGGGUCAAUGCAUCUGGUUGGGUUAAUAAUAGUGACUGGUCGGUCAGAUGUAAAUGAACAGAGUACAAACCUUACUGCUUUUAUAAGUAACAAUACAAAGGAGACGAAUAAAAGUACACAGGUUAACUUACUUGACGAAACUACUAUUGGACUACACGUACGCUUGGACCCUCCCAGGAUUGCACAGUACAUAAAUAUAAAAAAGGAGGACACUAUUGAUGUGAUGACCAUUUGUGAAGUUGAAGUAUUCGAAACAAACUGUACUAUGGGAUAUUUCGGUGACAAAUGUUUACGACGGUGCCAUUGUCAGAGCCCAUGUGAUGUACUGACUGGCAACUGCAACGAGUGUGAGCCGGGAUGGUAUCCGCCUACAUGUGAAACUGCUUGUUCACAAGGAUACUAUGGACAAAACUGCAGCAAAGAAUGUUCACACAAUUGUGAAGACAACAAUUGCAACUCACAAAAUGGCUCCUGCGUGCAAGGAUGUACUCCUGGAUAUGAUUAUACCAUGAGCACAAACUGUUCAGUUGCGACGGGAACUCCAGUAAAUGGAAGCGCAGAUCAGUCUUCGCAAUACAAAAACUGUUCAGCUGAUAAAGCCCUUGACGGCGUGAAGAUAUUCUCUAUUCCAGAUGAACAUUUACCAACAUGCACAUGCAGUGUUACAGGAGUAAAAAGUUUCCCUCGAUGGUGGGAAAUGGAUUUUGGGUCAAUGCAUCUGGUUGGGUUAAUAAUAGUGACUGGUCGGUCAGAUGUAAAUGUGCAGAGUACAAAUCUUACGACUUUUAUAAGUAACAAUACAAUGGAGACAAAUAACGGUACACAGGUUAACUCACCUGAUGAGACUACUGUUGGAUUACACGUACGCUUGGACCCUCCCCGAAUUGCACAGUACAUAAAUAUAAAAAAGGAGGACACUAAUGAUGUGAUGACCAUUUGUGAAAUUGAAGUAUUCGAAACAAACUGUACUAUGGGAUAUUUCGGUGACAAAUGUUUACGACGGUGCCAUUGUCAGAGCCAAUGUGAUGUACUGACUGGCAACUGCAACGAGUGUGAGCCGGGAUGGUAUCCGCCUACAUGUGAAACUGAUUGUCCGACCGGCAGUUAUGGCGAAAAGUGCUCUAGCAAUUGCAGUCAACAUUGCAUUGCUGAAGAUUGUAACCAUGUCAACGGGAUAUGCAACCUUGGAUGCAAGCCUGGUUAUGAUUUCCUGAUAGACCAUAAGUGUACAACUCCUUGUUCACAAGGCUACUAUGGACAAGAUUGCAGCAAAGAAUGUUCACACAAUUGUGUAGACAAUAAUUGCAACUCACAGAAUGGCUCCUGUGUGCACGGAUGUAAACCUGGAUAUGAUUAUACAAUGAGCACAAACUGCUUGGUUGCAUGUGAAGAUGGUAACUAUGGCACGAACUGCAUCAUGACAUGCGGUGUCUGCUUUCCAAAUACUAUUUGUGACAAGGCCUCUGGUAUUUGUCCAAACGGCUGUAUGAUCGGAUUCAAAGGGACGACUUGUUCAGAACAUGAAAAGGGGGAGCGGAGAUUUACCGCUUCCGAGGUUGCCGGGGUGGCUGGAGGUUCGGUAGGAUCUUGCCUGCUCUUUCUCGGACUGGUCUUUGCUAGUGUUCUUGGAUAUAGAAGAUACAAGUCGGCCUCGUCGAAAACAGACUCAACUAACGUUAUUUCAGACGUAGAAAAUACUAAUACUGGGAGAGCAUACGAAGGCCCCUAUGAAAUGUCGCUUAAAAACAACGAUGAACAUAUCUAUCAGAAAAUCUAGAACUGACACGAGUCAAGAAGUGUUCUUUGUGUAAAGAUGUUGUUUGUUUACUUUAUUUCAAUGGAACUGUGACUUAUGUGACGUUUUCAGUGACUCGUAUUCUUACAUUCUUGGGUGUUUCAGUGCCACUGAUAUUUAUGAAUAUGAAACAGUGACAAGCAUACUGUUAUAUCAAAAGUGAAAUCAAAGGCUAAAUAUAGUUAAAUCUUUUAUGUUAAAUAUUAUGUUUUGUGUUGAACUGUACAGCUUUGAUGUGGUAUUUCAUUGAGGUUUGAUAAACACAACUAGUUCUUGAUAAAUUAUAUAUGCACUGUGUUGUUUGCGGAGAUUUGUGUUGUUGUUCCGUGUUUCUUGUUUGAUAUUUCUUGUUUUUGCGUUCUAUGUCUCUUGCGUUUACCCUGUGCCAUUAAACGGGGUUUAUGUUUAAACGUUUGGCUACUGAGCUUGUUUAUGUAGCUUUUCAUAUAACUAUUGGAAGCCCCAAACACAUCCAAAGGAAUGUCAUGUGCCGUUUACAAAUACAUUGUUUGCAUAAAUCAACACAGCAGGGCUACGUGCUUUGAUGGAUGUCAAUGCAAACAUCUUAUCGUGAUAAUGUAUAAUUGGUCUACUUUCGUUUUUUUUAUUGAUAUGUCUAUAUGUCGUUAUGAUUUGUUUGAGCCCUGUGUAUUGCAUAUGUUACCUAACAAAAUUGAUAUAUAUUAAUGUUCUUAACUAUAAAUGAUAGUUACUUUUCAAUUCAUUGCAACAUUCUUUGUUCACUUCACGAAAUAUAUUGUUAUUUGUUUAGAAUUUGUCGGUAAAAAGCUAAGCAUAUCUUAUACUUAUCUGCUUUUACAUAUGACAUCCAAUAAUAAACCAAUAUUGUAUCGACUGGACAUUUGCUUCUGAAGGCAAACACUCUUUUAAGUUAAAAUUGCCAGUCUUUCAACAUAGGAUAGUCUGCAUUCU